AUGGGCGGUGGAGCAGGCGCUGGGGCGAAGAAGGACGAGGAGGACGUGGACCCGAAGUUGCUGGAGGAUAUCCCCGCGUGGCUCCGGAGCCUGAGGCUGCACAAGUACACGCCCAACUUUGAGGGGAUGAAGUGGCGGGACAUGGUCGUGAUGGACGAGGCGGCGCUCGAGGCGAACGGCGUCGCGGCGCUCGGGGCGAGGAGGAAGAUGCUGAAGACGUUCGAGAUUGUGAGGAAGAAGAUGGGGAUCGAGGAACCGGCGGGGUCGGCGUAG